AUGGCAGCAUUAGUAACAGGCCUCAUCCCCAUCCUGCGGACAGCAGUGGAUGCCACCACCAACUACACAGGCCGCUCGGUGUGGUUUGGCUUCCUGUGCAUCCGCGUGGUGAUCCUCUUCCUGGCUGAACUGCCCUUCCACAAGAUGGACUCGGACUUCACCUGCAACGGCACCGGGGACAGCCUCUGCACCAAAGCCUGCUUCAACAGACUCUUCCACAAACCCAUGGUGUCGGCCUGGAACUUCCUGUUUGUCCUGGUCAUCCUCUCCGUCAUGAUCAUGGAGCUGUUCACCUCUCACCUGCGCUCCCGGGCCGUGAAGAGGAGCUGCAAGGUGAAGGCAGACCUGGAGCUGGCGGGCCAGGGAACCGAGGAGGCUCAAGUCGGGACCAAAGGCACCGAGGACACCACAGGGAAGAUGGUGAUUAAUCUCCGUAGAGACAGAGGCACAGUGGGCUUCUACCUGCUCAGCAUCAUUCUGCGUAUUCUGAUUGAGUCCUGGUUUAUCUUUGUUCUGUUGGGUUGGAACCUGCCGGCUCUGGAUAAUGGUCCGUUCAAAUGUUCCACAGACACUUGCUCUCAGUCACGUGUGUGUGUUGUGAGGGCCGCUCCAGAGAAACGCAUGUCGAUCUACGCUUUAGCUUCCAUUUCAGGCAUGAUUGUGGUUUGUUCAACAUUAUUUUGCAUCUAUGCCAUUGUUCGAUAUCUUUGCCGCUUUUAA